AUGGAAGAGGUGAAGGAUGCAACGACUGGUGAUGUUAAAAAUUCUUUAGUUGAACUCUAUCAAGUAAUGUCCGAAGGAACAGUUAAUGCCACAGAUUCAUAUAAUUAUAACGUACACAACGUCAGUAUUAUGGAAGCGCUGGAUGCAGUGGCUAGAAUCAGGAAAGAAAAUGGAGAACUAACUGAGAAAUUAAAUGUAGCCAAUGCUCGAUUAAAUCGAGCAAUGGUUAACCGUCGAGAUAUUGAAGAGGAAUUAUUAACUAUUCGAAAACAGUACGAAAGCAUAUUAAGAGAUUAUCGAGAAACGAUGAGCGAACGAAGCAAUGUCCUGGAAGAAAAUAAUAAAUUAACCGAUGAACGAGAUUUUUUCCGAGAAAAAUUCAAAAUUCUUGCUUCCAUUGUUCAAAAAUUCUUUUCAGUGGUAAUGAAUUUAAAAUUUAAAUAA